AUGGCGUUUUUUGUACUCAACGAAGAAUUGGAUGCAGUACGCAUCAUGGUCGACUAUCUGAUUGAUCCGAACAGCACCGAAUGUAUGUGCUCCGAUCUGCAGACGGUCGACUAUUCACCGCUUUACGCUGGGUUCAACCUGGCUCUGAUCAUUAUUGCCUUACCGUUGCUGUCACUCUUUGGUGUCUGCACUAAUGUGAUCAAUAUAUACGUGUAUUCUCGGAAA